GGAAUGUUCCUGACAGGUGCGUUUGAUCGAUUUGUUUAACAUGGACUCAGAUAGGCAACUUUUAGUUAAUUUGAGUAAAUUUACAGAACACUGGAUGAAUUUGAGUGAUGACAGGAACACCUUAUGGUGUCGCCUACCUGUUUAUAAGCGUCGGUGUGUGUUGUGAGGUAGAAUUUAAGCGAAAUACGUAAGAGGAGCUACUUUGGAGAGUUGAAGCCUAAAAUGCGCGGUGAGUAUUUCACUUUUUGGUCUUAAUGUUUCUUCAAAUCGUUGUGUUAUAGUGUGUAAUAUCAGCGGAACUAAUGCGGAAGUUACACAGUAGAUUAAGACUAAAAUAAACUAGAUUAAAUCCAUCUCCAUGGUUACGCGCUGAAUGUUAAACGCCAUCUUUCGACGCCAUCGCUUCGGAGCGUCGCUGUCCGAGGUGCUGAAAGUUUAAGCACCGCGAGACACUCGGGGGAAACCCCACGAGGACACGCAGGUUUAGUUAAGUGACUUGUUUCCAUGGUAUCAACACCAUGUGACAUCCGGACUCUUAAGAAGGUCAAGUCCGAGAUAAAUAAACCUGUUAAAUCCAGUUUACAACCGCACUCCAGGUGGAGAAGACAGCCUUUCUGAUGGACUAUCCAUCCAGCUGGGAUACAGUAGGUGUGGAGAGGCAUUUCUGCUUUUUAUGACGUGUUGCUUUAUCCAAAAACUGUGGUUGUUUUUCCUUUGGGGCUCAGGCAGGUGAGAGAGAUGCAUCAUGGGCAGGUGUGGACUAAAGAGUGACUCCAAGAAGACCAAGAAUCAGCUGUCAUGUCACAAAGAAACCUGCCUCAGUGAGUUUAUUACCCACUUCAAUUAUGUGUGUGUGUGACCCUCUGUGAACAUAAUACAGUCUCAGUAUGGAGGGUACACACCGUCUGAGGAUCCCCUUCCUCCUGCUCUAUGCUGCUGUAGACUCCUCCACCUGGAGCUGAGCCCGCGGUGGAGCGGAGUGUGUGUGAAAGGAGACCCCGCCAGCCUCCAUGGCUCACUCGUCAGACCCGUCCCGCAGGGAGAAGACCCCUGGGACCCAGGGGUCACACACAGCUACGCGCAACCUCUUACGGAAGAAGGAGCAGCGCCGGCGCGGAAUCCGAUCCUCCUCGCCCAUGGGCCGGGUCAUCCUCAUCAACUCUCCUGUGGAUGGUGAGGAGCAGUCUGGCUGCCUGCUGGUGCAGUGCAGAUUACAGAUGCAGAUUACACUAUUGGAUACUGUUGAAUAGUGAGGAGUUAUUGUCUGUCUCUGAUAAGUUUGAGUCUUUCCAUUACUUCUGUAAUCAUGUUUGGGAAACUAAUCUUAUUGGAGUUCUUGAUGUACAUCCAAAGUCUCUUUAAUUGAAUCAAGGUCUCCUUUCUUUGAGUCUUCUCUUAAGUCUGUCUUAGAGGGGUAAAGAAGAUCUUGUUGGUAAUGCUUCAGUGGCGACAGGUUCUUUCCAGCUUUCCACCAGAAUGAAUUAGCACCAAACUUAAUCAUUUGCCUCCUUUUUUGUUAUAUCUCACAUUUCUCAUAAAGGUUUUUGCUAUUACCACUUAAAGGGAUAUUCCGGGGUAAAAUUACGUUAGGGUCAAACACACCGUAACACCAAGUUAGUCACCCCCUCAAGAGAUGAAUGUUGCCGACUGAUUGCUUCUCUAGUUAUACCAACUUUAGUAACGACUGCAGAUGGCAAUACAUAGAGCCACGCACUCUACCAAAAAGCCACUCUAUAAACCACAAAUAAUGCUCAGAACAGCACCUAACUUCAUCAACAGUACAUAUAGGGUCCCAGCCACAGCACUAGCCACCAAACAUCUUUUUAGCUUUGACUAAUUUCUUUAGCAAAGAGACUAAACACAACUCCCCUACUCUCUUCCAGCAGCUGCUUGUUUGUUGCGCGACCUCAGGCCAGUCCAUUACGGAGUGGUGUCCGUAAUACAGCGGAGUUACGCAGCUCAAGGAAGAACAUUUAUGAUCUUUUCUUCAUGGAAAUGCAAUCAGACCGAGAUGCUAAGACAGAAGAAAUAAUGUGUCUGCAGUGCAAAAUGAUUAAUAUGGUGAUUAUUACUUCAAGGAAAUGAUAAAGAAAUUAUAAUAAAUGUUCUUCCUUGAGCUGUGUCACCCCGCUGCAGUCUGUAAUGGACUGGUCUGAGGUCUCGCUACAAACAGUCUCUUUGCUUAAGAAAUUAGGCAAAGUUUAAAAGAUGUUUGGUGGCUAGUGCUAUGGCUGGGACCCUAUAUGUACUGUUGAUGAAGUUAGGUGCUGUUCUGAGCAUUAUUUGUGGCUAUAGAGUGGCUUUUUGGUUGAGGUUUGUUGAUGGCUCCUGUGUAUUGCUAUCGUGCGGUCGUUACUAAAGUUGGUAUAACUAGAAAAGCAAUCGGUCGGCAACAUUCAUCUCUCAAGGGGGUGUCUCACUCGGUGUCAUGGUGUGUUUGACCCUAAAUUAAUUUCAUGCCAGAAUAUCUCUUUAAGUUUGAACUAACUUCAACGUGGAGAUGCUUGUGUGACCUUCAAUGACUUUUUGGCUUCUUCUCUUUUGUGUUUUCAGGUGGAGAUGACAGCGAGGACCUCCACACAAUCACAGUGGAUAAAAGUGUGGAUGGGAAACUUGGCUUCAGCGUGCGUGGAGGCUCUGAACAUGGCCUCAGUAUCUUUGUCAGCAAGGUGGAGGACAACAGCACAGCAGGUAACGUCGCCAUUCGUAAAUUUAAGGUUUAAGAUUCUUUGUAUUGUUCUGUUUAAGUAUACAUGUGUAUAUUUUCUGUGUCCACAGAGGAGGCUGGCCUGCUUGUUGGAGAUAAACUGGUGGAGGUAAAUGGUGUCAGCCUGGAAAGCAUCACAAUGAGCAGUGCCGUGAAGGUCCUCACAGGAAACAACAGGCUGAGGAUGGUGGUGAGACGUGUCGGCAAAGUCCCCGGCAUCCGCUACUCCAAAGAGAAAACCACCUGGUAACAAAAAAAAAGGAUCUCUAUGAUAUUUAUCUUGAAAAUACCAGACAGUAAAAGAUAAUCAUGUGCACUGUCUGUCUCUGUCAGGGUGGAUUUGAUCCACAGGCGUAUGGUGGUGGAGGAGAGCGGACAAACACCGUCAGAGGUGAGCUCAGGAAGCGCUCUGCAGAGGAUCGUCCACCUUUACACCACCUCUGACGACUACUGCCUUGGCUUUAAUAUCCGUGGGGGGAAAGAGUUCGGUCUGGGGAUCUACGUCUCCAAGUAUGUCCCUCGGCUCGCAGAAACAAACUCUGAAAUUCUUUCAGUGACGCGCACCACAACAUUCAUUCUGAAUUCUCGUUGAUUUACUCCAGACUGGAUCCCGGUGGUCUGGCGGAGCAGAAUGGGAUAAAGAUGGGGGACCAGAUCAUGGCUGCCAACGGGGUGAGCUUUCAGGACAUCAGCCACAGCAGUGCAGUGGAGGUGCUGAAGAGCCACACGCACAUCAUGCUGACCAUCAAGGUGAGGGGACAUGAAAAAUAUGGAAGCCCUGAAGGCCCAAAAUGGGAUUUCGUAAAAUCUAGAAAAAAGGGACGCAAGUUGGCCAAGAGUUUUGAGUGUUUUUACGGGCAUUCCAUUUGGUCCUGUACUGAAGCGGUUCUAUCCAUCCAUCCAUCCAUCCAUCCAUUUUCCUGUUGGGGGUUGCGGGGGGCUGAAGCCUAUCCCAGCAUUUUUGGGCCAAAGCAGGGGACAAGUCACCAGUUCACUGCAUAUAAAGACUUAACAACGAUCCACGGUCACAUUUACACCUACGGGCAAUUUGAAAGUGGCCAGUUAACCUAACCCCACUUUUGCAUGUUUUUGGGAUGUGGGAGGAAACCGGAGUACCCGGAGUAAACCCACACAGAUACAGGUAGAACAUGCAAACUCCACACAGAAACGCCCUGAAGAAUGUUCCUGGAUUCCAAUCCUGACCUGGAUUUGAACCUAGGACCUUCUUGCUGUGAGGCGACAGUGCUAACCAUGGCACCACUGUGCCACCCCUAUCCAUCCAUACAUAUCUAUAAAUUAGGGUUAGGAUUAGGGUGUACUGUACCACCAUAACCACAGGGGGCGCCAAAUUCCUCCCAAAAUGCGAAGUACAGUUCCUCCUUGUAGCCUUAAUGGGAGUUAGUGGAAACGUUUUUAAAGACAGACUAGCAAAGGUCAUUAUGGUCAUUGGCUGUUUACAAAGGGGUGUAAAAGUGAUUUAAUUUGGUAGGACAAAGACCUGACUCCAUGCUGUCUAUAACCUUAAGUUGCAUUUGAGCAAAAAUUUUUGGAAGCUGUGAUAUUAAACUAAAGUCAGUCAUCUGUCUUUGCCCAAUAACAUGAUGAUUAUACACAGGAGUGAAGGUGUCUCUAUUGAAUGUUUGGAUGUUCGGGCUAGAGGAGUAUUCUUUCUUUAUCUGACAGCUUGUUGGUUCUUUUAUUACGACUCCAUCAUACAACCUCACACAAUAACCCCCUGAACUGUUUCCCACCUCUUAUCCCUCCAUCAAACUUGGCUGAGUCUCCUCACGCUGUCGGUGGAUGCAGUGUCUGUUUGUGUGGCAGGCCUGACAGCUGGCACGCAGUCGUAAUAUUCCUCGCUCACUUUACUUGUCGCAGCUUGGGUUUCGCUCUGUGAAAAAUAGCCAGGUCGUGUGCAUUAUUCACCAGGCGGCCGGGAUCACAUGCUGAUCAAAGCUUAGAGGCGUGUUUUAGGCAUGUUUUGUGUCAUUAUCCCUCACUUGAAACAAAGAACCGGAGUUGAAGAAGCAUCCUGACUAUCCAAGGUUUCUUUAAAGUAAAACAAGGAAGGGUGUAUUCUUCUUGGGAAGAGGAGGUGUGAGAGAUUAGGCUCUCCGUGUAGCUCUAGUGUUACUCUUUAUCAAAUAUAGCAUUUCAUUAAAAUUUAAAGAUCUCUACUGUAUCUCAUUUACAUAUCUGUGUCCAUGUCUUCACAGGAAGCAGGGCGAUACCCGGCUUACAAAGAGAUGGUGGCAGAGUACAGGUGGCUCAACAAGCGUAUGUAUCAGCUGGUUUUACACACCUUAUUAUCUAGAAAUCAGUGUUCCUGUAAGCACCUGUGUUUGAUUUGUUAAAUACACUGAUAUUCUUGGAUGGAUUUAAAUUUCUUUGUUUUAUUCCCUAGUGGCCAACGGCACUCAGAAAUCUUCCUCCCAGGGUUCAGGCUCUACCUCCUCAGUCUCCUCUCUGUCGUCCGGGACUCCAGUCAGCUCUCUCAGCGGCCUCUCUCAGGUCAUGUUCCCUCCAAGCACGCCGUUUGGUUCAGACAUGGUGGAUGUUUGCAUCUCAACGGAAGACCUGAGGUCAGGGUGUGCAACUUGGCAAUUUAGCUUAACACAAGAGUGAAAAAAAACACUUGCAGACAACAGUAGACAUUACUAUCCAAGUUUUUAUCCAUCCAGGUCUGAGUCGGAGCGAACAGAGACCGCCAUCCAGACAGACUUCCCCUCCCAGAGGACAGGUUUGGACACGACUCGCAGCCUCGGACCCACCACUCUGCUCAGAGACACGGCCAUCAGAGGAGAGGAGGGGCAGACCAGAGGGAGGCGAGAGUCCACCAAGACCGCCGUGCUGAUGGCUCUCAGCAGGCCGAGCCGACCGAUCAGCAGGUCCCAGAGCCAAGUCACUAUGGCAGGUAGGACGAGGAUAGAGCGGGUGACGUUGAAGGGAAUAAGUUUAACCACAUUAAUGACCCGCUGGUGCGGUCCGAUCACAGAGAUCAGUCAGAAGGAAGAGAAGAAGCAGAAAGGGAAGGACCCGGAGGAGAAGAGCACCCUGCAGCGCUCAAAGACUUUGGUCAACCUGCUGUUCAAGGGCGGACGCAAGGGGGACACCUUCAAGGCGAGAUCCAAGUCCCCAUCCAAAGACAAGAGCAGCAAAGGUAAAAACAACCAGAAAGGGUGUAAAGGUGCAUUUUUGCCUUACGCUAAGACAAUGGUGGAAUGGGUAGAAAGGUUUAAUUGUCUUGGUACAUCACAACACAGACUGUAAAAAGGUAGAAGUAUAUUUAAUAAGGUGAAAUGAGUCCUGCUGUGAUGUUUCCAGGACGACAGGUUGGUGGGAAGCCAAAUUCAGAGAUGCUGAGUACAGUGGAUGACAUGGCGCGCAGGCUGCUGACAGACGAGGAAGUGGACGCCGUGAUGAAGACGUGCCGAAGGGUAAAGAGCUGCAGAGACUCUGUUUUAUUGUGCAAGAACUUCUUUAAAAACUUUUUCCACAUAUCAGUUAGAGGUUUUUAGAGUCACUUGACUGAUUUUUUUAAUGUUACUCCGAACAGUAUGUGGCCGAGCGCUCUGUGGAGAACUUGAUACGGCACCUACUGAACGUGUUGGACCGGCCUGAGAAGCUGCUGCUGCUGAGGGAGGUCAGGUAAGGAGAGAGAGGCAAGGAGGCAAGGAGAGACGUUCUGCAAAUGAUGAUACAGCUUCAGACACACUAAUGUUGACUUACAGCUCUAGUUUGUCCACUUAUAUACUCAUAAAACCGCCCAAAGCUGUAUGUAGACCACCUGUUAAUAGAGUCAAACAUGUCUGAGGAUGUCUCUGUUCAUUCCUCAGGAUGCUGCUUCCUCCCUCUGACCUGACUGCCUUCAACAACAUGGUGACCCCGCUCGAAGCUGAGGCCUACGACAUCCUCAAGUAUCGCUCCGGUGUGUAUGACACGAUAUCAGACUCAAAAGGGGUCUUAAAACUUUAACAGACUUUAACAAACACAAUAACACUUUUCUCCUCUCCUCUGUGUUGAAGUUAAAACUCCCCCUCUUCGAUCUCCUGUGUCUGGUCGAGCACCAAAGCGGCGCCUCAUCACUCCAAUCCCAGGUCAGUAUGUUUGCCCUCAGAUCCCGAACUCAUUCAAAGAGUUUCUUUUAAUCUUUCCUGGGUUUCCUUUUAGAUUUCAGAGGAGGCUUCGAGCUCCACAGUGCCGAGGAAGUGGAGAAAGAGAGCCACCUCCUGGACCAGCUGGAGAAGCUCAGCGUCUCUGGCCUCCAGAGGUCCAAAGACAGACCCAGCAGCCCCAGAUCUUUCUCCCAGCUGCUGGACAUACCCGUGGAUGACUACGACACAGAGUCCAGAGACCUCAGAUCGUCCUCUGCCAGCCCCACACUCCCAAACUGGCUUCUGGCCCGCGGCGAGGACCCCCGCCCUCCUCUACGGACUAAAAUCGGCACCAUCCGCUCUGUCCACUUCGACGAAGUUUCCCUGCACUCUACUCUAGAAAGACGAAGAUCCCCGUCUAGAAACGGACACUCCAGAGGCAGAAAGAAGAGCGUAGAUAGCGAUAAGGAAGCUGUUUUCACGCUGCAGAGUGCGGCUCGCAGGAGUCGACCGCUGUUGUCUCAGGUUUUCAGUUCAGAUCAGGAGACGGGGGGCGAGCAGGUGAACGGACAUCAGGAUAAAUCUGAGAAUGGACUCAACGGCUCCAACUUGGAACAGGAGUACAAACUCAAAACUGUCACCAUCUCCAAGACUAAACAGUCUCUGGGUAAAGUGGAAUCAAUAUAUCCAAUGCAAUGUACUUUAAAGGGCCAGUUCACCCAAAUUUAUUGCACUUUUCUUUGCCAGGUGAUUAAGUCUAUUGUAGGAAAAGAAAUGGGAUAAUAAAUUCCAGCCACAUUUUAAAAGCUUCCUAUAAACGAAUUCUCUGUGGUAAAGUGAGUCUAUAAACCUGUGCAAGUGAAUGUCCUGAUUUAAAGAGGGCUUCUCUGUAUUUCGUUAAUACUCUGCUUUCAUGAGCAUCCUAAAUAGAAUUGAUGGCAGAUACUUAGACAAAGACAUGGCACUUAAAAAGUUAAAAAGCACUUUUUAUACUGCUGGAAAAGAAUAAGAAAGUAUAUUAGCAUUAGGAUUCAUUGUUUGUGAUGUCUGUUAUAUUAUCACACCAGCUCUGACUUGUGUUUUCCAACGUCUCAGGCAUCAGUAUAUCAGGAGGGAUGGAGUCCAAAGUUCAGCCAAUGGUGAAGAUCGAGAAGAUCUUUCCUGGAGGAGCCGCCUCCACCUGUGAAGUGCUCAAGGUGAUUUAAAACUUUUUAACAUCUGGACAGUGUAGUUAUUCACACCAUCACAUGGUUCGAAAUAUGAGAGCAUGACAGUAACUUGUUCGAACUAUUAUAUCAUGUUAAAGGGAUAUUCCGGCGUAAAUUUAAGUUAAGGUCAAACACAACGUAACACAGCAUUGACCGCUUGCUUCUCCAGUUAUACGAACUUUAGUAACGACCGCACGAUAGCAAUACACAGUGGUCUACAUCUCCACGCGCAAACCACAACCAAAACGCCACUGUAUAGCCACAAAUAAUUCUCAGAACAGCACCUAACUUCAUCAACAGUACAGAUUGGUGGCUAGUACCAGCCAUAGUACUAGUCACCAAACAUCUUUUUGGCUUUGCCUAAUUUUUUUAGUAACAAGACCAAAAACAACUCACCCACUCUCUUCCAGCAGCCGCUUGUUUGUGGGGUAGUCCUGACGAGUCGAUCCCCGAUGAGUCGAUUCCCAAGUGCAGAGGAGUUUUGCAGCUCCAGGAAGAAAAUUUAUGAUUAUUAUGAUUAUUAUUAUAUGGAAAUGCAAUCAGACCGAGACGCCAAGGCAGAAGAAAUACCGCGUCUGCAGUACAAAAUGAUUAUCAUGAUGAUUAUUACUUCAUGGACAUCAUUUUGGCUUUUAUCUCCAAAUAGUCUGCUAGUGGUUAUCAAACUUUUUAUUUUAGGUCAAACUGGCACCCUACAAAAACAUUUCUCAGUGAUAUGAAAUACUUAGAGCAGCCAACUUCAAUAAAUAAAACAAAAACAAAACGAUGUUUAUGUUCAGGUGAAUAAACAUCUGAUUCUGUUUCUUCCAAGUCUGUUCUCCUAAAUGCGACCAAAUCCCCUCUUUUCUCCUUAGGCCGGGUUUGAGCUGGUGACUGUGGACGGAGUCUCCCUACAAGGAGUCACCCAUCAGCAUGCCGUCGACAUCAUCAGGAGAGCCUUCAGCAACAAGGCCAAAGACCCCAUGGUGCUGGUGGUCAAAGUCCCCAAAAACAUUUCAAAGGAGACUUGAGACGCUCGUCAUGAGUUAAGAGACACAAACAGACAUUGGGACAGACAACAAUCCGACUCUUUGAGGUCAGGUAUGUAACUUUGCCAUUCUUUUUAAAGUUCAGGAUCAGGACAUGGACUCUGAGGACGUCCUGAAAAUAAGAAUGGCCUGAAAAAGCACAAGAGUAGAUUUACAGAGGAAUAUGCAGGAAAAAGAAGAUGUAAGAAGAUACUUCCAGGAGGACUUAGAAGAAACCUGAAACGAUGGUGCUCCUGAUGCCUUUUUCAGUUUAACCCGAUUAAAAAUAAUUAUGGAUUAGUACUCUUGAUAUCGAGAGAAGCAGGGUGAU